AUGCCUAAUACAAAAACAGUUCUUUCUGUGGUAGCAGCUUCAGCAGUGCUGAUUCCAAGCAUUGCCAAUCUCUGCAUUCUUUCUCGUCGUUUCUCUUCUCAAGUCACUCUUGUCAUAGAAGGAUAUGAGCAAGAGUACUGCUAUGAAAAAUUAUUUGCGGCUACUGAAACUUAUUUGGGCACUAAAUUGGCACCAUCCAUUCAAAGAAUCAAAGCAAGCAAAAGAGAGAGAGAGAAAAAACCAGAGAUUGCCAUAGACAUAGAUCAAGAAAUUUUUUAUGUUUUUGAAAAUGUAGAAGUGAAGUGGAGAUUGGUUCUUAGAAAAAAAUCUGAAUUUCAAAAUAUCUUACAAGCAAGACUGAGAUCCUAUGAGCUGAGUUUUCCCAAGGAGCACAAAGAGAAGGUGCUGAAUUCUUACUUGCCCUUCAUUUUACAGCAAGCAGAGUCUAUUAAAGAGGACAACAAGUUACGAGAGAUCAACUGUCUUAGGGGUUUAUCUUGGACAACAUACACCAAAAUAGAUCACCCGAUGACCUUCGAGACUAUUGUAAUGGAUGAGAGACUCAAGGAAGAAAUAAUAGGUGAUCUGAACACCUUCAUGAAGUCGAAGGAAUAUUACAGAAAGAUCGGGAAAGCUCGGAAACGUGGAUACUUGAUAUACGGUCCUCCUGGAACAGGAAAGUCGAGCUUGAUCGCUGCCAUGGCUAAUCUUUUAAACUACAGUAUCCAUGACUGGGAUCUGGACGCAGAAAAUUUCCCUGUAAGUGAGGAUAUCAGGUCAGUGUUGCUCCACCGUUUAGACAAAACUAUACUUGUCAUCAAAGAUAUUGAUUCCACUAUCACAGUUUCAACUGGAAGACGAGGCUUUGAACAACAGAAGGAAAUUCAAAAACAGUUUGGUAUAAGUUAUCGUUUGCAUGCUAUGCUCUUAAAGCUGCUGAAGUUCAUUGAUGGACUUUGGCUGCCUCGCAUCAAUGAACUCAUCAUCGUUGUCAAAACUAGCAAGAAAGAAAGGCUUGACCCAGCUUUGCUAGUGCCUGGUCGCAUGGAUAUGCACAUUCACAUGCCAUAUUGUACGUUUUCUACAUUCGAGCAAUUGGCAGUCAGAUUUCUAGGUUUCUAUCACGUCGAGCUCUUCCAAGAGAUUCAAGGGAUUCUAGAGGGGGUUGAAGUCACCCCUGCAGAAAUUGUACGAGAGCUAUCAAAGAGCACCGACUCUCUCCAAGGGGUUGCCAAAUUCCUCCGUGAGAAAUUAGAGAAAGAUGAGCAGGAAAACUACAAGAAAAUUGAAUCCAGAGAGAAAUUGGAAGACCAUCCAGAAGGAAGCGGAGAGGAUAGACUUACGUAG